ACCCUCGCUGGUGAAACUCGGCUCGUUCAAACGUAUUACUAACGUUCGCGUGUUUACUAGCGUAUACGUGGGAACGUUAAUAACGCACAGUUUUAUUUUGUGGAAAAACGUGUAUUAAUGUGAGAAGAGAAUUUUUUAAUAGACCGCAACCUUCGCUAUCACUGAUAAUGUGUCUCUAAUGAUAUAUUCCACGAAGUGAGCCAUUAUAACCUCGCAACAAUCAUUAUUCAGCAUACCUACACCAUUCUGAAUCUGUAAAAACUUCUUCGAUUAAUUACAUUGAAAAUGGCGUGGCUUGAAAAUAUCGCUUCCAGUGUUCGGAACUAUUUUGCCGAUGUACCUGGAACUCAUGUACAAGAGGUGAAGACGACCGAUUAUGACAAAAGACACAUUCACGGUCGAGCGGACGGAAUUAUAUUGUACGCUCCUGGAAAGUCGGAAAAACAGAAGUAUGAUAUUGUCUUGCAGAGACCAUGCACUGCAACCUUGUAUCAAGGCUACAGUCUGUUUCGAUCUGAUAAUCUCGAAGAAGCGGAAUCUCGAUUCACCAUUUACAAAGACAAGGUUCCACUUCUCAUGGAAAUAUGUCGUGAGAUAGUAAACGCUACUGUAAUACAGAAGCUAUGCGAUACAUUAGUAGAGCAUCCAACAUGGAAUUUGGCUCAUAUUUCAGCUUAUCUAUUGUUCUACGAUGCUUUCAACCACGAUGUUGUGAGUAGUUUAUUGAACAGUAGCGACGAAGAAACUGGAGCGUCUCCACUUCAAGUUGCUAUACAAACCAACAAUUUACGAAUAGUACAAAUGUUAAUGUCAGCCAAUAAGAGCUUAUUAGAGCAUUUAGAUUUCAAAGCUAAUACAGUUUACCAUUAUGCAGCCAAUUCAACAAAAGACAUCAUUUUAGCCUUAGGUUCUGAUCUUGCGAAUACGGUAAACAGUUUAAACGCCGAUGGUUACGCCCCUAUGCAUAUCGCUUGUCUCAACAAUAAACCUGAAUGUGUAACGGCACUUUUUCUUAUUGGAGCAGAUGUCAAUAUUCCUGCGUCGCAAGGUGGAAGGCCCCUGCACUGGUCUUGCAGCCGGGAAGUCAUAAAUGCGCUGAUAGACAAAAAUUGCGAGAUUGACGCUCUGAAUUUUGAAGGUAGAACGGCUCUUCACAUCAUGGUCAUGAAGAAACGGCUCGAUUGUGUGGCAGCUGUCCUGAGCCACAUGGCCAACAUCAACAUAGUCGACAAAGAUGGAAACUCUGCACUACACUUGGCAGUAACUCGGUCAACGCCUACGAUAGUGCAGCUGCUGAUAGCCUUUGGCGCAGAUAUCAACGCGAAAAACGGGAAGUCCCAGAGUCCCCGUCAUCUCGUCAACAAAGACACCAACGACGGUCAGAAGAUACUGUACAUCUUGCACGCAGUCGGUGCCGAGCGUUGUUCGCCCGACAUGAAGGGUUGCAGUAUUGGCUGCAAGCACAACGAGAAUUUUGACGGCGUUGCACCGCCUGAACCGCCUACAGCUGUGCCCCGGACCGUCCUCGAUCGGAUACUCUACGUAUCGAGUAUGGAAAAGAUGGCAUCGAUGGAGAGCAAGCGUACGAAAGGUGGAAGGUUGCUGUGUCUGGACGGAGGCGGCAUCAGAGGAUUAGUUCUCGUGCAAACUCUUCUGGAGGUCGAAAGCGUGCUGCAGAAGCCUAUAUCGCGUUGCUUCGAUUGGAUCGCUGGUACUUCCACUGGAGGAAUUUUGGCACUUAGCAUAGCCGCAGGAAAGAGUUUAAAGGAGUGUCAAGCUCUUUACUUCCGUAUAAAGGAUAAUGCAUUCGUGGGAAAGCGUCCGUACGACGGCGAGCCUCUGGAAAAUGCAUUGAAAGAAGCUUUAGGAGAGGAGACGGUGAUGGCGGACAUUCGAAACCCCAAACUGAUGAUCACGGGUGUUCUAGCUGAUCGAAAGCCCGUGGAUCUGCAUUUGUUCCGCAAUUACGACUCUCCGAGCAAGAUCUUGAAUAUUUCAGUCAGCGACGAUAAAUUUAAGGCAACUCUCGAACCGGAGGAGCAGUUGCUGUGGAAAGCAGCAAGAGCGUCUGGAGCUGCGCCUUCCUACUUCCGAGCUUUCGGGCGAUUUCUCGAUGGAGGCCUUAUUGCAAACAACCCCACUCUCGAUGCCAUGACCGAGAUACACGAGUACAAUAUUGCCCUGAAAGCCGUCGAUCGCUCCGAUGAGGUUGCUCCUCUGUCGCUGGUCGUUUCGUUGGGUACCGGACUAAUACCGAUGUCGCAGCUGCAAAAUGUUGAUGUGUAUCGACCUGAGGGUAUUUUUGAAACUGCCAAAUUAGCUAUGGGUCUCUCGGUGCUGGCGACGUUGUUGGUGGAUCAGGCGACAUCGACUGACGGCCGCGUGGUGGACCGUGCGCGCACCUGGUGCUCGAUGAUCGGCGUGCCAUUCUAUAGAUUUAAUCCGCAGCUAUCUGCGGAGGUGGAGCUGGACGAGAAGAGUGACGCUGUUCUCGCUGAGAUGAUGUGGACUGCCAAAGCGUUUAUGUAUGCCAACAAGGAUCAGAUGAAGGAGCUUGCGGCUGUCCUUGACUCCGUUUCCGAUGAUUAGUUGAUUCAUAGAAUGAUUGAGUAUAGUAAGCAAGUUAUCGAAGGGAUCAAAUGGCAGAUGAACCAAGUGCGUGUAGCAAUAGUUACUUUGAGAUUUAUUCCAGGUGCGCUGGAUUUGAUGCAAUUGAGUAAUAUUCUGCAGCGAAAAGUGAUUGCGUUAGGGUACUAUUUAUUUACAAAACUAUAAUGAAGAGAAAUGAGAUAUAGGAGAUUUUGUGAUAUUUUUGUUUUUGUUUUAAUUAGAUUUUAAUAAUGAGAUAUUAGUGACAACUCCUAGAAAUGAUACACAAUAUUAUUUACUGUAGAGCAAUUUUCAAAUUGAGAACUGUUCUUGUUAAACAUAUCUGCGAUUUAAUUGUUGAGAUUUUGAUAAUUUUAUGCAUUACUGUUAUGUAGGCCGGUUGAAUUUAUAGCACACAAAUGAUGAAGGGCAUCGAUAAUUUAUCAACUAGACAUAUAUGGCAUAUUCCUAUUAAUAUAUUAAGUAAAAGGCUCAUAGUUGAUCUGACGAUCACAAAAAAUCGAGUCUCAACUUUUGUGAAAGUAUGUACAACGUACACCAGUUUUGAUUCUAGAGUAUUAUUAUACUAAUUGUAAAUCACAUACAUAGAUAGAUAACAGACGUGGGUUAAUAAAAAUUUGAAUUUUCAAAUCCUAUAAGUA